UCAGUAUAAAUAUCUGAGAGCACAGGGAGAGAGUGCAUCAGCUCAAAAGUGGCACUGAAGAGGAGACAGAGGUGAAAAGAGGGAGUAGAAAAAACAACAAGAGGGUGAAUGAAAGCAAGAACUGAAAAUACAGCAAGGAAAGGUUUUUAUAGUGGAAAUAGAAAUGGCAAACACAGCGAGAGGAGAGGUUUUGGCUUUACUGUUGUUCCUCAGUGCCAGCGUACCAUGUUUUUCUGUGCAUAACAGUGGCGAGUGCUUCUUCAACACUAAAGGGAGCUGUGAACACAUGGGACAGGUGUACGGGAUAGGAGAGAGCUGGAUAACCAGUGACUGUUACCAGUGUGUCUGCAUGGAGCCUUUUGGAGUAGGAUGCUGUGACCAUGGAUCUAAACCUGUGGACUAUCCAGACUGGUGUGAGAUCAUCCGCAAACCUGACUCUUGUACUAGUGUUGCAGUGAUGAGAGUCAAUCAUAAACUACCCUGCCUCUGGGGACGAGGCCGUCUCAGACCAGCUUCAGGCCAACCUUGGAAAUCUGACAAUGAUCCUAUAUUUUGAGUUCAACAAUUAAUGAAAAAAAUAGCAAUAUAACAAUGUGUGAUGAUUAUUUUGGAUUCAAUAAAUAAAGACCAUGGGUUUUGUGAGAGACUAAACUAUACUGAAUUGUAUAACAAAAUGCAAAUAACUACCACAAGAAUUAUCUGUUAAUUCUGUUUAUAUGUACUUGUAUAAUUUCAUAUUUUACGAUUGUGUUGUUGAUGUUAGUUGUUGAUGACUCUGUCUGAAUGUUUGGAUUGUUUCUGGUUCCUGUUUUAAGAUUAAAUAAAAAUGUAUAUUUAAUUGUU